AUGUUUAAUUUUCUUUUAGAUCAAGUAUUUGAUAGCGAGAAAAGCAAUGAAGAAGUUUAUUCUGAAUUUUGUUCACCUAUAGUUGAAUCUGUGAUAGGUGGUUUCAAUGGCACAAUAUUUGCUUAUGGCCAGACAUCAUCUGGAAAGACAUAUACUCUUACUGGUGAUGAUGAAAAGGAUAUUCGAGGAAUUAUUCAUUAUACGAUAUAUGAUAUUUUUAAUACUAUUCAAAAUAUGCCUGAACGGGAAUUCCUUCUGAGAGUAUCAGUCAUGGAAAUUUAUAAUGAACAUGUUUUUGAUUUGUUAUCUGAGAAAAGUGAAAACUUAAAGCUACAUGAAGAUCAGGAUGGACAUGUAAAUGUUUGUGGGCUUUCAGAAGAAGUUGUACAAAAUUCUAAUCAGGUCUUUGAGCUGAUGAAAAUAUGUCAAAAAAAAAGAAAAACAGGUGAUACCUUGAUGAAUGAACGGAGUUCCAGGUCACACCUUAUAUUUCGAAUGAUUAUUGAGAGUGAAUUGAGAGGUGUGGAAAAUGCAGCCGUUAUUGUAUCUCAGUUUAAUUUAGUGGAUCUUGCAGGCUCUGAGCGAGUUGCUCAAACAGGUGCUAAAGGAGUAAGAUUUAAAGAAAGCAUCAAUAUUAAUAAAUCGCUUUCCAUGCUUAGUCAUGUAAUCAGCCAACUUAGUGUAAAACCAAUACGAUUUAUAAGUUAUCGAGGCUCAAAACUUACCAGAAUCUUGCAGAAUUCGCUAGGAGGAAAUGCUAAAACUGCUAUUAUUUGUACUAUAACACCUGUGUCCAUAGAUGAUACCCUUUCUACACUAAAAUUUGCCAGACGAGCAAAAUGCAUAAAAAAUAAACCUGAAGUGAAUAAAGUUGAAGGUGAAGAAGCUUUGCUUAACCGUUAUGCAAAUGAAAUUAAAAAACUCAAUGAACAGUUGCAAGCAAAAGAAGGAGAAACUUUAGGAAAAGAAAAAUUACAACGAGAAAAUGAAGAUCUUCAACGACAGAUACAAGAGCUGAAACUGAAAUUCGUGUCACAGUUAGUUCCAGAAUAUGAAAAGCCUGCAUUUCCAAAGGCAUCACGUCGGGAAACUUGGGGUGGAUCUUUGGAUGAAGCGAGAAUUAGAAAUUUACUUACUCAAAAGAAAGCUAGGAAACAAACUUUACAACUGUCAAUGUUAGAAGAAGAAUCAGAAACAGAGACCAAUUAUUCAGACAAUGAAGAUAUUUGUGAUCCUUUCUUUCCUAUCCCAAGAGAUAUGAAAGAUACUGAAGUUCAAACAGAGGUAAUUUUAUAUCUUCCUGAGCAGAAAGCUGUUGAAGAUGCUAAAAUUCAGUGUCAGUUGCCAGUAUGUAACCUGUGUGAAGCCAGAAAAAUGAAAGAACAAAAUGAGAGAUUAAAAAGUGAACUUGGAGGACUGAAAGAAUUUACAACAUUAGAAAGACAGAUUUUUUCAGCUGAAAGUCAACUAUCUAAAGAUUUGGAUCAGUCAACUAUCUAA